AUGGUUGAUGUUUUGAAGAGCAUCUUUACAAUCAUUUUAUCUGCAGAAUCCAUAAUUGGAAUUGUAGGAAAUGUCUUCAUAGCACUGGUGAACUGUAUGGACUGGAUCAAAAGAAGAAAGAUCUCUUUGGUUGAUCAAAUCCUUACUUCUUUGGCGAUCUCUAGACUUGGUCUACUCUGCUCAGCACUGACACACACAAUGUUAUAUACAGUACACCCAGAUUGGCUAAAGACUGAAAAAAUGUUAAGAAUGUUUAUUAUUGCCUGGGUUGUGACCAAUCAUUUUAGCAUCUGGCUUGCUACAUGCCUCAUCCUCUUUUAUUUUCUCAAGAUAGCCAAUUUUUCUAACUCUAUUUUUCUUUACCUAAAGUGGAAAGUCAAAAAAGUGGUUUUAGUAGCAUUGCUGAUUUCUCUGGUUCUCUUAUUGUUCAAUAUUAUAGCUAUAGACAUACAAAUUAAUGUCUGGAUGGAUAGAUCUAAAAGAAACGUAUCUUACACUUACAGUUUGAAGAACUUUAAACAAUUGCCCAGACUUCUUUUAUUCUACAGCUCUAUGUUCAUGCUCAUACCCUUUAUUAUGUCCUUGAUAGCCUGUGUGCUGCUCAUCUUCUCCCUAUGGAAACAUUGGAAGAAGAUGCGGCACAACGCUAAGGGGUCCAGAGAUGCUGGCACCGCGGCCCACAUAAAAGCCAUGCAAACUGUGAUCACCUUCCUCCUACUUUACACCAUGUACUUAUUCUGUCUCAUCAUGCAGAUUUCUAGCUUUGAAUUUUUGGAGGAAGAAAACAUCCUUUUUUUUGAACAUGCUAUAGGAAUUGCUUUUCCUUCGGGGCACUCCCUUGCUUUGAUUCCAGGAAACAGUAAGCUGAGACAAGCCUUUCUUUCAGUGCCGUGGUGUCUGUGGUGCAGGGCCAAAGGUUGA